AUGAUUAGUGCUAAAUUAUAAAUAUCGGAAAUACUUCUAUCAGACCUUCUACUAAUUCUUGCUGUUUCAUUUGGUAUAACAUAUCUCUAUUUAAGAGUCUUUUGUAUAACCUACUAUUCAAACUCUCAUCCUUGCAAGCAUUAUCAUUUUCUUUACUUUCAUUACGGCUUUCUAUAAAAUACAAAAUUUAAUACUCAAAAAGCAAUAAUAAAAAUAACUUCACAUAAUAUUUAACCUGAGACUUUUAACUAUCGUUUUAUUUUGUGCACUCUCAAAUUAAGAACUAACUUUAUUACUCAUAAAUCAUUUGGAUUUAUAGUUCAAUAUUAAAAUAGCUAUCCUAAGUAAAUUAACACUUUCAGCUAUCUUAUAUGAUUCUUCUAAUCUCAUUACACUACCUAAAAAUUUAGUAUUCUAUUCUUAUUUUUUUUUUGUAUUUCUACAGAUUGGAAUACAUUAUAAAUAUACAUAGAAUCAACAAAAUGAGUAACUACCAUAAAAACUCACUUAGGAUGCACCCCCAACAUUUCAUGCUAAAUCUUAAGAAAUUAAAUCGUUUAGAUAAGAUGAGAAUUCAAAAUCACCUGGAAUGUCAUCUUCUGACAUUAAACCAUUAUAAUUGAACAGUGUUUAACAAGUGAUAAAUGAAGAUGAUAUUAUCAUGACUAAUAUGUACUAAUGA